GCGUUUUGUAUUCAUACAGAGCAAUAUACGUAAUGCAAAUUUUAUAUAAAUAUAAUGAAAAAGAAGUGUUGUGGGAAAUUUACUGGUACAAGAGCAAGAUGUAUCAUGGUGUUAUAUUAAGGUUUUUGAAAGUAUUCAUUACUGGAAUAAACUUGUGAUUUUUUAGAGUUGACGCAGCAGUUUCGUGAUUUUUGAAACAAACAGCCGUCAAUUUACGGCAUUGUUACAUUCAACCGUAGCUAUCGUAUUUCAGGAUAAUCAUUCUUUAGCGAGGAACGCCCUGAAGUAAUUACACUUAUUCUGUCAAUCAUUAUUUAUUUGUCUUAAAGUGUCACACAAUAUGCAAUUCAAGUUGACGGAACGUUCGGCACUUCAGUAUCUCUCUUGAUUUCUUGACAGACAGCACUUAUAUUUUAUUCUGUUCUCUACAGACUGACUGCGUCGCGUCAGACAAUAACAUACGGACCUGUGAACAGGAAUAAAAAAUAAAAUACAAAGUGUAACGAAUUUGACCUAUGGUCAAGAACGUCAUGUACAAGAAAAGCAUACACGUGCGAAAACCUCUGUAGUUACUAACACUUAGCUAAACAGAACACAUAACUACAUGUACAUAAACAUUUUUAUGUGACGAUACGGGGAAGCAGUAAAUAUUUGAAUUCUAUCCUAUCUUGUUUUGGCAUAAAUGUUCAAUUUUUCAUUUCAUAACGUAAGAUAUUCGCAUCAACUUUAUGAAAUAUGUGGCUAAUACUUGCUCUUCCAAAAUGUCAAAUAUCUUUAUUACUUCGUCUGCGUUGAGAAUAUGCAUCUCGUACCUAAACUGACAUUUCAUAUCCUUUAAUGUCAGUUGGGGAUAAUUUCUAACCACAAAUUUUAUCUUCAUUCCAUUGUGUCUGAUUUCUGUAUGGAUGUUAAGUGUGAUCACUCAUUAUAUGUUCAAAGCGAUUACUUUAAGAAACGUGUUUAGAACAUAUUCGGAAAAAUACUAAAGGCAAAUUUGUUAAGUUGUUUGCAUGUUGAAACACUUUUCAUGAAAAUUGUUGACUGUAUCCAUUCAUGAUUCUCAAGGAAACAAGGUGAUUUCGUGCUUUGAUAACAACAAACGCCUCUACAAAAAAAACUUUUUUUCAAGAUUAUUGCGUUAUCUCAAAAUUUCUACCUUGCAAUUAUUAUCUACAAUUUAAUGACACUUGUGUAACAAAGACAAACAGGAAAUGAUUCCAUUUUUACAGUCAAGUAGGGUGUGUUGGAAUCAACAGUAUAAAAACAGCUGUUCCGGGUUUUGUUGACGAAGCUGUUAAAAACCUUCUGCUAAAUGAAUAAGAACUGGUAAAUAUACCAAGCAGGGUGAUUACUUUGUUAAAGCAUAAAAAACGUUUGAAAUAAGGGAACUAGUUGCUAUGGAAACUGUCUGGCAAGUAAGGGAGAUAAAUGGACAGAGUCGUAGUGAACGUGGACAGUUAUUGUUUGAUGACAAUGGCUCGGAGUGCAUAUAUUGCGUACUUAUUCUAAUGGAAAAUCUGGGAAUGUAAUGCUGUAUGAUUUCUGGGUUAAUUCUGUUUUGUAAACACUGGGUACUUCGGCAAGAAGGACUAGUAUAUGUGGAAUAUAACUGAGUGUUGGAUUUGAAUAUCUCCAGUUGGUGUUUUAAAGUUUUUAUACAUUAUCACUUCUGCAAAAGGACUAACGAACUGUGAAAUUACACAAAUGAGUUGUGCAUUGCAGUAGAAAUAUUUAAGCGAUAACAUUUUGCAGGCUGUUUUCAAAUGUCAGUGAAUUCUAAUUGGAAUGAAGCCGCAUCAUCACGAUUUUAUAGCAUUUGUUGUGUGAUGUAUCAUAGCAUUUAAAGUUCACAAUUGGCAGAUCAUAUAUUGUUCAAAGCGUUUUGAAAAAUCUGUAAUGGAAAACAUGGAUAGUCAGUGGCAAGCUCAGCCUGAGCAGGAUUUAGAACAUGGUGAACUACUAGGGGAUGAAGAGCCCAUGGACCACACACAUACACAUAAACAACCAGAACAUGAGGAACCUGAAGAAAUUGCAAUUGAAGCGCACAGCGAGAACUGUCUGGAACGGACUUUGCACUGUUUAAGUCACGUGCCAUGUGCGUCCUUAGUGGCAUGGAUCAUUCUAUUCCUAGGACUUGGUGGAGUGACAGGAAGUCUUCUGAUUGGCGCAGACAGAACACGUGAUUUGUUGGAGGAUGAUCGAAUGUUAUGGUUCAUGGAGUUCACCUUAAUAGGUGUUAUUGCUGGCAUGUUUGUCAUCGGCACGUGCUUGUUGGUAGUGUGUCAUUUCUCGAGCGAUCCCAACAGUCGUCAUGCUUUCAACACCUCAACAAAGAACACAUGCGCCAGAGGGUUAAACAUAUUUAUGCUCGUGCUGAGUUACAUACUCGUGCUGGCCUGGGUAUUUGUUAGUGCUAUCUUAGUCAUUCCCGUAGGCGCAUUCACUCUUCUCAUCGUCAUGGUAGACUACCAAGAUGUCACAUCCAUCGAUCUGUCACAUUAUGGCUGUCAUUCACGGAUCAUCAGCGGAGAAGACCUGGAAAGAUUCACGAAUGAAGGUCGGGAUUUACUGAUCUGUUACACAGCGGCGUACUUCUCUGCAGUCCUUGUCAUCAUAAGCUUAAUCCAUUUCUUGAUGUGUAUAAGCGCCAACAUAACCCACCUUCGUGAUGCUAGAUUCGCUACUCUUAACGCUUACGAGGAAGCAGAGGACGCUCAAAAUGCGAAGCAGCUAAACGAUACAACCAUGUGACUUCCGGUUACGUGAAUACGGGCACGUGACAACCACGAAAACAUGUAACUUUAAGAUUUUGAUAUACGAUCUCAGAAAGGACUGUUGGAAAGUGUAAAUAUGAAGUGCAAUAAGUCAAAAGAGAUUAGGAAAAUAGGACGGAAUACUCAGGAUUGGAGUUAUUAGUUAAAAUAUAUAAUUUGGGCGUUUGAACAAAAGGAAAUAAAUUUAAUAAAAGUCUGGUUUGGCUUUAUGUAAACAGAAGGGAAUACAAAGAGAAAGAUUAAGUUUAGACUAGUUUAUGUUGACGCUUCUAAUGUUGGUGUGCUUUAUAUUUCGGUGUUGAUUCUUUGAAUGGGUUACAUGCGUGACAUGUUGGAAGAUGGGAGACAAUAGCGAUGAGUAAUUGCAAGCAUGUGCUGAAAGUUAUACACUUUUCUCAAGCGUCCUACGAAGGGGGUACAUCUACGAGAAAAUCCUUCUUGUAUUUGAGUUACUUAACGCCAGUAGAUAUAUUAUUCUCUUUUGGUGUCUUGCCAGAGUCUCAGAGUCAGAUCUGCCGGGGGAACACUACACGUACAGAUAUUCUAGCGGAACAUUACCUAGAAGAAAAAACGGUGUCAAGCCCAAACGGUCAGCUAUACAAUGUAUACUUCUUUUGAUCAUAUAACUUUUAUCAAUAUCAUCAACAUGAUUUUAGGUGACAUAGUACCUAUAUUGUCAUUUUACUUCAUAAUUGUAUACCAUUCACAUCGAGAACACAGUUACGUCAUAUAACGGAGAUAAAAUGUCAGAACACGAGCCCAAGUCGUCAGAUCAUUUACAACUUUGAUAUAUAUCAUAUAGACUGUGUUAUAGAGAUUAGAGUUACAUACCCUAUACACUUUUAAUUAAUUAGACAAGUAAUGAAACAAUACCCUUAAUAACGACUGUAUAAAUGCAAAUGUAUAACUAACAUUCACGUAAGAUAUCUUUACAAAACUUAACACUCUUGCUUUGUACCUUAGCAAGCUUUUCAAAAGCGUUGGCCGCUUUAAAGAUAUAUUUCUAGCGAGCUAAUAACAUGGAUAAUGAAGUAACAACGGUAUAUAUUUUACUGUACACCAGGAAAAUACCAUUACACCAGAUAGUAGAUAAAAUGGUUGUGUCAAAGGCUUUAAUGGUGAACUUGAGUAUAAAGAAUACUGCUAAAGGACAAACACCUCUCUUUAUAAGUAGAGAUCUCCUCUCAUGUUUGGUAGAAUAGUUCAAGAAAAUAAACCCCUGUAGAGCAACUUACUCUGUACAACAGACAUAUUUUAUUUUUCUCGAUAGUGUUUCUGACUAGAGAGGUAUAAAUCUGCAAGGAAUAACUCGUUGUAUACCCACAUAAUUAUGGUACCUUAAUCUCUAAAAGUAGGAAGACUUUAGUGUAAAUGCGUUAAAACACAUGGCAGUUGUGAUUCUAUUAUGCUAUUCUUACCAUUAAGUAAAAGUCAGUUUUUAUUGACGUUUUUGUUACCAAUAACACUCAUUACAUUUAAUACAUCGAUUACUCGCUCAUUUGUUAAAUUUCUGCUUGUAUGUUUAAUAGAUAAUAUUUGAGAUCUAACCUUAAAGAUCUUGGCUGAUUGUAUUACAUCUUUAGAAAUGCAAAAAGAGUCUUGGACAUGAUAUCAAUAAUCUUAACUUGUGGAGAGUAUUUGCUUGUUUUUCAACUACAAUGUACAAGAAGGUAAAUUUUUACUUUUUAAUUCCUUUAUAGUCAUACAAAGUAAUUUGUUAUUUCUUUCGCAAUUCUUUUUACAUUUUGGUUUUACUUUUCCACUACUGCAUUUGAACUAUAACACGUGACUUGUUUCUUACCAUAGACGCCAUGACAGCAAAUAAAUCUUGUACAUAUAUGAAGCCAUUUAAACACUUUCCGUUUUAUUUUAUUUUAUCAUUUUUUUGUUUUUAAAGACAUUUUAACCUGUUUAACAGGGUUAUUGUUCAAUGUCUUUAAAGAAUGCUAACUGUCUAUGUACUGGUGUAAAUGGCAGCUAGAUUGUAUAGUAAGUUAUUAGAUUGACUGUUAAUUACAUAUUUGUAAUAUGCCGGUGGAAAAAAACACAAUACAUACUGUGUUUACACACUACCAGCAUGUUACAUAUAUGGAAUAAUGUGUGAUAUUUUUCUACUUAAUGUUAUCUGUUGAUAAAGGUGGCUUUUAAUCACGUUAUAACUGUUUUGUCUAGCGUAUGAUCGUGUGCUUAAUUUCGGAUGGUUAUUUUAGCCAUUUAUUACCCGCCGUAUAUAUGUAUAGUGUAAUGUAUAACUUGAUAUGCUAAUAUUUAUAUAUAGUACCAUUCUACUAUUUAUCAUAAUUGUACAUGUUUCUUAGGGCUCUGUAUUUUAGAAGUGCUUUCCAGAUCUAUCCCUGCACGUUGCAUUAACAGAUUGCAUUUGUCCAUAAUUGUACAGUUUUGUGCAAAAAAUUAUAUUUCGUUUAACCAACUAGCAUUACGGACUGAAAACACAGAUGUAAGAACUUUUGUAAUAGAGGGAAAUAGUCAUCAUUUUUUUAAAUUUGAAUAGAUCGAGUGUGGUACAAUGCAUCGGGAUAGGAUGUGAAUAAGCUUAACACAGGAGUCGUUACCUAGUUUUUUUUCACUUUAAUAUACCUCCAUUUCAAAUUCAGGUAAAUACGCGGUGCUUAAUGAUAGUAACUUAGGGCAUGUUUAUUUCUGAAAGAAAUUUCAUGUUUAAUCGUCUCUGUUAGCGAUCAUAAACUGAAUACAGCGCAUACCUAACGGAUAUAGCUGCUAAGGAAAAAUCGUGCAAUACUAUGAAACUGUGUGCAUAAACUAAAGCUGUUUUUUCUAUACAUGUUAAAUAUGCAUACCAAAAAUAGUUUGUUAAUACAUAUUGAUAAAUCAACAUAUAUCAUGUUUUUGUUGGCAAAGUUCAUGAGACUUCAAAAUUUCUCGCGAACAUUCACGAAAAUGGGCAAUAGUUUUCGAAUUAAAUACGAUACCAUGCUUAAAUGCGGUUCUUGAAGUUUUGAUGUGGUAAAUUAUUACUAAUUAAUUACUUUUCUGUUAAUUGUUUAUUUUCGCAGUUGUUAUAUAUAUAGAGCUUCGUGUUCCGUCAGUCAUGUUGUCAGUUUCUAUGAAAGUCUACAUAACAAAUGUAUAGUGCAACUUUUUUUCGAGUGUAGAAAAUAAUGUAACUGGCAUGCUUCUAGUAAUCUGAUAGUUUACCUUUCGCUCAAUUAUACUUGUCUAGAAGACGGGAGUAUCAUGCAUAUUGACAAAAUUUAAUGCUAAGUGUGAAAUACCUAAUGCAAAAUGCUAAUUACAAGAUACUUAGUGUAAAACAGUAGCCGUCAAAUAGUAUUUAGCAUAAAGUUUUUAAAAUUUUGUAAAUAGCAUGGCGCACUUGCCUUCCAUUUAUUUUAAAACCAAAUAAUUGUUUUAUGUGUGUAAUUAUCUGCAGGUUGUUUUGAACGUUGAAAGUAAAGUAACAUAUAUAAAUGUUAGUACUUCUUUUACUGUUUGAAGUUUAAUGAAAGUUAUGUAUAGGAGAUGUUGUAUUGUUUUAUUUGCCUUUUACAACAGUUUUACGUUAUGCUUACAUUGGUAUUUGUACUUUAGAUUUGCAUAUAUUCAUUGUAAUAAAUCUCAUUGUAAAUGAAA